AUGGAGCGCGAGCGGCCAGCAGCAGACAAGCCCCUGGAGAAGGCGCGGCGGCGGCGGCGGAGGCUGCGGCGCCGAAGGCGGGAGGGCCUGACGCGCGUGGUGCGCUCCAACCUGGUGCCGCCUGGCGCCGAAGAGCCUGCGAUGGGCGCAGCUAAGGGUUCGCGGCACCUGGCUGACAACCGGCUCAAGACCACCAAGUAUACGCUGCUGUCCUUCCUACCCAAAAACCUAUUUGAGCAGUUCCAUCGUCUGGCCAACGUGUACUUCGUCUUCAUUGCGCUACUCAACUUCGUUCCAGCGGUGAACGCCUUCCAGCCCGGCCUGGCGCUGGCGCCUGUGCUCUUCAUCCUGGCCGUCACAGCCUUCAAAGAUUUGUGGGAGGACUACAGUCGCCACCGUUCGGACCACGAGAUCAAUCACUUGGGCUGCCUCGUAUAUAGCAGGGAAGAAAAGAGGUACAUCAGCCGAUACUGGAUGGAUCUCCAUGUGGGGGACUUUGUACGCCUGCGCUGCAAUGAGAUCAUUCCUGCAGAUGUCCUGCUCCUUUCCUCCAGUGACCCUGAUGGGCUGUGCCACAUUGAAACUACCAACCUGGAUGGGGAAACGAAUCUCAAGCGGCGCCAGGUGGUGCGUGGUUUCUCUGAGCUGGUCUCCGAGUUCAAUCCCUUGACAUUCACCAGUGUUAUUGAAUGUGAGAAGCCAAAUAACAACCUGACUAAGUUUCGUGGUUGCAUCAUUCAUGAAAAUGGGAAGAAGGCUGGACUGUAUAAGGAAAAUCUGUUGCUGCGAGGAUGCACCAUCAGAAACACUGAGGCAGUUGUUGGUAUAGUCAUCUAUGCAGGACAUGAAACCAAGGCUCUUCUCAACAACAAUGGGCCCCGCUACAAGCGCAGCCAGCUGGAGCGGCAGAUGAAUUGUGAUGUCCUGUGGUGCGUCCUCAUACUCAUCUGCAUGUCUCUGUUCUCAGCUAUUGGACAUGGACUUUGGGUGUGGCGGCAUCAAGAGAAGAAAUCCUCGUUUGAUGUCCUGGAGUCUGAUGGCAGCUCUUUGUCCCCAGUUAUAGCUGCGGUUUACUCAUUUUUGACAAUGAUAAUAGUUCUGCAGGUUUUGAUCCCAAUUUCCUUGUAUGUUUCCAUCGAAAUUGUCAAAGUAUGCCAAGUAUACUUCAUUAACCAGGAUGUAGAGCUCUAUGAUGAAGAGACAGACUCACAGCUGCAGUGUCGAGCCCUGAAUAUCACAGAAGACUUAGGGCAGAUACAGUAUAUUUUCUCAGAUAAAACAGGCACAUUAACUGAGAAUAAGAUGGUUUUCCGAAGAUGCACUGUGUCUGGAAUAGAAUAUUCACAUGAUGCAAAUGCCCGGCGCCUAGCCAUGUAUCAAGAAGCAGAUUCAGAGGAGGAGGAGGUGGCACCCUGGGGCUCCUCACUGUCCCCACGUGGCAGCAUUGGAAGCCACCAGAGCAUCCGGGUCACACACAGAGGCCAGAGCACUAGGUCUCACCGGCGCACAGGAAGCUGGGCUGAGGCCAAGAGGGCCAGUGUGCUGUCCAGACACACAGCCUUCAGCAGCCCCAUGGAGAAAGACAUCACACCUGACCCCAAGCUCUUUGAGAAGGUAAGCGAGUGUGACCAGUACCUAGCCACCAUGAGACAUCAGGAGCACCCACUAGCCCAGCUCUCACCUGAGCUCUCUGAUGUGUUCGACUUCUUCAUUGCCCUCACCAUCUGUAACACAGUGGUCGUCACAUCCCCUGAUCAGCCACGACAGAAGGUUUUUAAUCUUACACCUUCAACAGAUCAAAAGAGGCCCACCACAUUAAGGUGUUUCUGUUUGUACUCCCACGUAGAUGACUCCAGAGGAAGGCAUCAAAAGAAAAUCCAAAACAAAACUCAGAAUUACCUCAACCUAUAUGCAGUGGAAGGCCUGCGCACACUGUGCAUCGCCAAGAGGGUCUUAAGUAAGGAGGAGUAUGCCUGCUGGUUACAAAGACACAUGGAAGCAGAGUCCUCCUUGGAUAACCGUGAGGAACUCCUCUUCCAGUCAGCCAUCAGCCUGGAGACUAACCUGCACCUCCUGGGUGCUACUGGCAUUGAAGACCGCUUGCAAGAUGGAGUCCCUGAAACCAUCACAAAAUUGCGGCAAGCAGGCCUGCAGAUUUGGGUCCUCACCGGCGACAAACAGGAGACAGCCAUCAACAUUGCUUAUGCCUGCAAACUGCUGGAUCAGGAUGAAGACGUCAUUACCUUCAACGCUGAAUCCCAGGAAGCGUGUGCAGCCCUGCUGAACCAGUGCCUCCAGUACGUGCAGUCCAGGAGCUCCAGCAGUGCUCCAGAGAAGACCUCAGGGAACAUCAGUGUGGCCUUCUAUCCACUCUGCCAGCCCUCUGUCUCCACAACCUCAAGCCCCAGACUGAGCCUUGUGAUAGAUGGGAGAAGUCUGGCCUAUGCCCUGGAGAAGAGUCUCGAGGACAAGUUCCUCUUCCUGGCCAGGCAGUGCAGGUCGGUCCUAUGCUGCCGCUCAACACCGCUGCAGAAGAGCAUGGUGGUCAAGCUGGUCAGGAGCAAGCUCAAGGCUAUGACCUUAGCGAUAGGAGAUGGAGCCAAUGAUGUCAGUAUGCUACAGGUAGCUGAUGUGGGUGUGGGCAUCUCCGGCCAGGAAGGCAUGCAGGUGGUGAUGGCCAGUGACUUUGCAGUGCCAAGAUUCCGAUAUCUGGAGAAACUCUUAAUUGUCCAUGGACAUUGGUGCUAUUCUCGACUUGCCAACAUGGUGCUAUACUUCUUCUACAAGAAUACAAUGUUCGUGGGCCUCCUAUUUUGGUUCCAGUUUUACUGUGGAUUCUCUGCAUCUGCGAUGAUUGACCAGUGGUAUCUCAUAUUCUUUAAUCUGCUCUUCUCCUCACUCCCCCAGCUCGUGACUGGGGUGCUAGACAAGGAUGUGCCAGCUGACAUGCUGCUGGCUGAGCCGCACCUCUACCAGAGUGGCCAGAACAGAGAGGAAUACCGGCCACGUGCAUUCUGGAUAAACAUGGCCGAUGCGACCUUUCAGAGCCUAGUUUGCUUUUUCAUUCCUUACUUGGCCUACUACGACUCGGAUAUAGACAUGUUUACCUGGGGCACCCCCAUCACAGUUAUUGCACUGCUCACCUUCCUGCUUCACCUGAGCAUCGAAACGAAAACCUGGACCUGGUUCAACUGGAUAGCUUGUGGCUUCAGUAUCCUUUUAUUUUUCAUUGUGGCUUUGAUUUACAAUGAUUCUUGUGCAACGUGUUAUCCUCCAUCUAACCCUUAUUGGACUAUGCAAACAUUAAUGGGCGACCCCGUGUUUUACUUGACUUGUAUCAUAGCACCUGUGGCUGCACUCCUGCCCAGAUUAUUUUUCAAAGCCCUCCAGGGGACACUUUUCCCCACCCAACUCCACCUGGGUCGCCAGUUGGCCAAGAAGUCCCCCAAGAAACCCAGCACUCCCAAAGACAUCUUUGCUCAGGUACCGCUCUCAAGAGAAGAGAGGAGAAACAGCAGCUCUAAAGCCCUCUCCCAGGACAGUGCCUCCCAGGACUUAGGUUCUGUGAAUGAGGACGAGGCAGUAAGUGGGAAGUAUGGUGUGGUGUUCACAAGCACGCGGCCCAGGAGGAUGCCUUCCCAUGAGGACAGCCUGCUGGAGGCACUAAGCAGCCAGCCACAGGGGUCCUGUAUGCUGGAAGAGGCUGCUCAGGAAUCUAAGAUGAAACACACCAGCAUAAGCGGGGCAACUCCUCUGCCUCCGAUCUUCAACCUGCCCAACCUCAGCUUGCUCAAUUGGAUUUCCUCCCUGUCACUGGUCAGUGGGCUGGGAAGUGUAUUGCAAUUCUCUCAAAGUAGUUUACAAGUGGAUAAGCAGGAUGGCGAAUGUCUUCCCAGCCCUUCUCAGCCCACUUGCGAGCUGCACACUCUAAGGGGACAGACAGCCAAAUCCUUCUAG